UGGUCAUUUAUAUAUAUGGAAUUUUUUCAAUCACAGUCAUUUGCGCUUCCGGAGACGCGCUCAGUCUCUCUGGCUCACUCUGUUCGAGCUAUGGCCAUGGCUUCUUUGCCUUUAUAUCGAUGGUCUUUGAAGACCGCUGCUGACUCCUCUUCUGUUGAGCUCUCUACAGUUCCUUGCAAUUUUUCUGUUUCAUUUUUUAGUCACAGUAAGCGACGCCGUUUCGUCGCUUCUGCUACACACUCCUCCUCCCCCUCAUCUAGUUCUGAUGCGAGGUCGAGAUCCAAAAAGGGGAUAGAUUUUGAUGAUUAUAGCUCGAGUCAAAGAAAAGUUGUUGAUAAUGCAAAAAAGGAAGUCGUUUUAGCUGCUCGGAAGAGACCAACUAUUAGUUUUAAGUCCUUGUUUUGGAGGAGAUCGCAGUGGCGGAGGAUAUUAUUUGCAUCUAAGAAAGUUAGGAGUAUCAUUUUGCUCAAUGUCAUCACUAUUAUUUAUUCAAGUAGCAUUCCUGUUCUGAAAGAGGUGGAAGCGACUGUAGAUCCAGCAGCGUUUAAUGCAAUGAGAUUUACUGUGUCUGCCAUUCCAUUCAUCCCAUUUAUGUUGCAAGCACGAGAUAGUGUUGAUACCCGAAAUGCAGGAAUUGAGUUGGGCUUUUGGGUUAGUCUAGGGUAUCUGAUGCAGGCGCUUGGAUUAAUAACAUCUGAUGCUGGACGUGCAUCUUUUAUAUCAAUGUUGACUGUAAUUGUGGUUCCUUUGCUUGAUGGUAUGCUAGGAGCAAUAGUUCCUGCCCGUACUUGGUUUGGAGCCAUGAUGUCUGUGAUAGGAGUUGCAAUGCUGGAAUCCAGUGGGUCGCCCCCAAAUGUUGGAGAUCUGUUAAACUUCUUGAGUGCAGUGUUUUUUGGAGUCCAUAUGCUAAGAACUGAGCACAUUUCAAGAAGCACAAGUAAAAGGAACCUCUUACCUCUCCUUGGAUAUGAGGUUUGUGUUAUUGCUCUCUUCUCUAUGACAUGGUGUUUUGUUGGUAGCUGGUUUGGUGGUAAUCAAAGCUGGGACCCAUCAUCUUUGACGUGGACAAUGUUUUGGGAUUGGAUGGCUGCAUUUCCAUGGAUACCUGCCAUGUACACAGGCAUAUUCUCAACUGGGUUAUGUUUAUGGAUAGAGAUGGCUGCAAUGCGGGAUGUCUCUGCUACAGAAACUGCAUUAAUAUAUGGGUUGGAGCCCGUCUGGGGUGCUGGUUUUGCAUGGUUUCUCCUUGGUGAAAGGUGGGGGCCGAUUGGUUGGCUUGGUGCUGCUCUUGUGCUAGGUGGAAGCUUGACAGUGCAGCUCUUUGGAUCAUCAUUUCCCUCAAACUCCAUUAAAGACGAAGAGAGAAGUAAGAAAGGUGGUCAAGUAGCCGACAUAGACAAACAAAAAGGUUUGUCCACCUCUCCAGUUGUCGUCAGCUCCAGAGAAGAUGUUCCUAAUCUAUUAAAAAAGUGAGGGUGUAACCAAGCCAAGCCACCUGUGAGCAAUUCGCCGUUUGGCUCAUCUCUUGAGUUGAGCUUAAACUUGAUGUUAGCUAGCUUGGUGAGCUUGUGAGCUUAUAACUUGAUUUGAGUAAAAUAGUAAUAUAUCUCGGAUAGUUUCAAAUCUUUCA